AUGAAGCGCCUUUAUCUUGUGGAGCCAGUGGUGGCCCUGUCUGCUUUUAGCAGUUCUCUCAUUUACCCACUUGUGCAACAAUACAUCUACCGCAGGCUGUGGCUGCAGCUGACCAACACCACCUAUCCCAUCUCCAGCAACAGCUCUAGAUGUGCACCAAGUAACAGUAGCAGCAACCAGACCGACUUCCAUAAGGAGGUACAGAAGCAGGCAUCCCUGUUCUCCAUGUAUUCAGAGCUUCUCUCCACGAUCCCAUCCUUGAUCGUCACACUCCUGCUGGUGGCUUACAGCGACCGAGGAGGACGCAAGAUCACCAUCAUCAUGCCUUUGAUUGGCUCACUGAUCUAUGCUUCGUCCUUCCUGACGGUGUCCUUUUUUGAGCUGAACAUCUAUUUGCUGAUUGGCUCCUCAUUUCUCAGCUCUCUGUUUGGGGGUUUGGGAACGUUUCUCGGGGGCUGCUAUGCCUAUAUAGCCGACUUGUGCAAGAAUGAACGUCAGAGAACCUUGCGCAUGGCUGGAGUGGACAUGAUGAGUGGACUGUUGUCAGGGGUGGCUGCAAUAUCAACAGGCUACUUUCUAAGAGCAGCUGGUUUUAACUGGCCAUUUCUAACCUCAUUGUUGUGCCAGUGUCUGACCCUACUUUAUGCAAUUUUCAUCCUAGAAGAGACAGUGAAAGCUCCCAACGAAGGUGAUAUUUUCGACGAAUCUACCCGACGACAUGCACUUAAAUUUUUGGUCUGUGGUGUCUACCAGACCUUUUCAGGACUUAGCUCUAAGUGUAAAAUCCUUCUGGCCCUCAUGAUGUUCAUCUUUACCAGCUUUUCAUUUGCCUUCAUUGGAGGCAUUUCUUUGGUGACGCUGUAUGAACUAAACAAGCCCCUCUGCUGGAAUGAGGUUUUGAUCGGCUAUGGUUCAGCCCUGUCCACCACAGUGUCCCUGAUAAGUUUUGCAGGAGUGGCAGCGCUCACAUAUUGCCGUGUUCCACAGCUUCUCAUCGUCCUGCUGGGGAUCCUGUCCGUCGCAUCUGGCAUGAUCCUGAUGUCAUUUGCAAAGACCACUGUGCUGAUGUUCAUAGGAAAGUUCCCUUUGCGCUGCGAGAAAAACUGA